AUGAUUGCGAGGCACAGCUACGAACAGACGGAAAACGGAGAGGGCGUAGAGACCAUAAUCAAUGCUCCCUGCGAAGAUCCCGUCCACGGAAAAGGGCAAUUUACCGAAAAAAGGAUACAUUUGUCAAAUCGUUUACCAUAUUGGGUUCAAGCGAUCAUUCCAAAACUAUUUUACAUCAUUGAAAAAUCGUGGAACUAUUAUCCUUUCACGAUUACAGAAUAUACCUGCUCGUUUAUUCCGAAGUUGAGCGUUACUAUCCACACGAAAUUCGAAGAUAACCCAGGAACAACAGAGAACUGCCUUGGGUUGACCGGCGAGAAACUAGUGGAAAGGAUUGUGGAUUUCGUGGACGUCGCAUACGACGAAGUCAGUCCAAAACACUACAAAGAGGAAGAGGAUCUGAAGUUUUUCCAGUCCAAAAAAACCAUGAGGGGUCCCCUGCCGGAAAAUUGGAAGAAUACAACUUCACCAAUAAUGUGCUCGUACAAAGUUGUCGAGGCGUCGUUCGAGGUGUGGGGCAUUCAAUCCAAGGCCGAGGAAUAUAUUCAAAAAACGAUUCGUGAGAUCUUGUUGCUCGGUCACCGUCAGGCCUUCGCGUGGAUCGAUGAUUGGAUAUCGAUGACGAUCGCAGACGUGCGCACUUACGAGUGUGAAAUGCAACGCAAGACCAACACCAAAGUGAACGCCUGCGUGACGGACGCCGAGGCCGGCGAAAACCCAAAGACGUUGGAUGGCGAAGGCGGCGGCGGGGGACUUAAGUCUCCCAAAUCUUUUUCACCACUGACCAAUCUGUUCUCUCCGUCGUCGUCGUCGUCGUCGCCAGGUCAAAACAAUACCUCGUGGUUUUCCUGGUGA